AGAUGUCACCAAAACUAGUAACUUCUUGAGGUCACGGAAUGUCAUAUUACAACUAUGAAUUAUUAAGUUUGGAUUUAAAUAGGGUGACAUUUUGGUUUUUGUUUUCUUUUAAUGGUAAGCCUAAGUUCAACAACAAUUGGAACAGUAGCCAGCCUCUGGCUGAUUCAGCCUUUCUUAACUAAUAACUAAUUUACAGAGUCUGUGUUGAACUUGUGAAUGAUUUAUUUUCCUGUUCAUAAAAUUCCUUCACCCUUCUAGAAAAAAAAAAAAAACACUAAACUAAAACCCUGAGCACAUAUUGAGAACGGCUGUUAAAGAGUCUUUUCCAUGACAAUGUUGUCAUGACGACCAUGUUGAGCUACCAACAAUCUGUGUUUGGGUACACUGGGCUUGCUAAGUUUUGAAGCUAAAGCAUGAAACACACGCAUGAAGCUGGAUCGAGAAACUUACAAGCAAACUCUAAUGAUGAGCUUUGGGUUGGAUCUUGGAGGCCCCACAGACCAAGGGGGCCUAUAGCUGCUCUCUAUGGGAGUCCAGGGCCCAAAUAUGCCCUUCCAGGGCUCAUAGGUGCUUCUCAACAUGAUCCUACCAAAUAUAAAGCACCCAUGUUCUCCUUUGGUGCUCGGCGUGAGGAAGUGAUCACAAACUGCUCUCCUGGACCAAGAUAUCAAAUCCCCCAAAAUAUUACCAGGAAGGGCAAAAGUGGAACACCUGCGUUUAGUCUUCUCGGUCGACCAAAGCAGCUACAACUGUCAAUAGUACCAGGACCAGGUCAGCAGAGCAAGUUUAAGAUCCUUACAGGCCAAUAUUCCCCAGAGCGUUCUGGAAAGAUAACCACCCGUUCAGCUCCUGCUUAUUCUCUGAGUGGGAGAAGAAAAGACCGUAGUAACUCCCAAACACCAGGUCCAGACGCCUACACGCUGCCACCCAUGCUGGGCUGUAAAACUGUAGUUGCACCUUCGGCACCCAACUACACACUUCAAGGCCGCAGUAAAACCACAAGCUUUAAUGAAGACCCUAAUAAGACGCCGGGCCCUGCUGCUUAUAAAGUUGUUAAUCCAAGCAUUUAUAGGCAGAAACCUCCACAAUACAGCAUAAAGGGCCGCAACUUUGUUCCUGAGGGCAACACACAGAAACCAGGCCCAGGAGCAUAUUUUCCAGAGAGGGUUACCUUUACAAGAGCAAAAGCUCCCAGUUUCUCCUUUGGAAUGCGUCAUUCACAAUACAUCGCUCCCCUUGUUGUAAAUGUGAAUGAAUAACAGUAACCAAGAAUUUGCAACCUUCUCAGAGCACAGGAGCACUGCUCUAACCCACUAGGCCAGUAUAAAGAACAUAAAAUAUGUUUUGCUGAAAGAAUUUAGGAAAACAGCUAUCGAUGUAUUUUGUUUGCAAAAUAGAAGCAUUUGUAGUUCACUUUCUCUUAGGAAUAAAUAGAACAUUGAUCUA